AACAUUUGAAUUUUUAAAAGAUAAUCAACCGUUAAUCACCACCGACAAUCGUAUUACGACAAAUGUUGAUGAUAAUACAAAUACGUACAAAAUUGUCGUUAAAGAUUUGAAACCCACAGAUGAAGGCAUUUAA